UUUUUUUUUUUCUCUUCUUCUUUUCUCUAUAGUGUGUGCCUCGCCUCCUUGCUUUGCAUUUCUCUUUACUCAUUGUAAACAUGGCAGUUGGAACUCACGAUCAACCCAAAAGACGCCAGCGCAACCCGCUUUCCUUCUUCUUUCCAAAGACAAAACAAACGUUAUUCACUAUCCACUCGUCUUCCUCUGCAAAAAAAAGUCCUUCUGAUGUGAAUGGUAUCUUUGGAGCACCCCUAGAAUAUGCCGCUCAGUUUGGCCCGCUCACUCAAAGCGGCCUACGAAUUCCAGACAUCGUUUAUAGAUGCUUUUCCGAGAUAGUGGAACGAGGUCUGACGAUACAAGGCAUCUUUCGCCUCUCUGGAGCUGCAGCAGAGGUCGAUAAAUUACAAAGAGAAUUUGAUAAAGCUCCAUCUUAUGGAAAAUACUUGGAUCUUUCCAAGUAUGAUAUCCAUGCUAUUACUGGUGUAUUAAAAAAAUACCUUCGAAGUCUGCCACAACCUGUCUUACCACGUCCAUACCAUGACCGAUUUCUCAUGCUAGUUGAUCGACCAUGCUCUCGACUAGAACUGCUAAAGGAUGUUGCUGACUUGGCACUGGACAUGCCCAAGGCUCAUUCGGAUUUAUUGCAAUACCUUAUAACUCAGAUAUUGGCGGCUGUACAACAGUACUCCCAGUUUAAUCUCAUGAAUCACGAAGCCCUGGCUAUCGUCUUCGCACCGGUCUGCACCGGAUUGGAGCAGUCCCUAUCCAGCGUCAACCAAAAUACUAUUAAAAAGCAAUUCGAGCAGCGGCCCCUGCAAAAUGGAGAUGAAAAGCAAUUUAAGCGACAUUCUAUACAUCAUGUUUUGAAUAUGGAUAUUAUUCGAACCAAUACCAAAUGGACUCAGUUAUGGACUAUCAUGAUCGAACACCACGAUCGACUUUUGCAACUGUGGUCUAUUGCAGAUAUCAGUCAGCAAUGGCAAUCUUCUCAUGUCCAUACACCCAACAGACGUUUCGCUCAUCAUACUGUUCCUGGCAUAAUGUCAACGCCUUCUCCAACUCCUUCCCCACGACCUCCUUCCUCAGCUUCGUCCUCCGGUUCAACUGUACUACCAUAUCGCAUCCUCAUGUCUCAGUUCCAUGUGGCUGGAAGCACGGAGUCCCCCGAUCAGAAUUUGGUCAGUAUUGCACCACCGCUACCUCCUCCUGCUGAAGAAUUAUUCGAGGACCAAGAAAUGCAUGAAACUACUUCUGCAACCUCCUCGAAAUCAAAAUACGGGGUCGUGGUAAUGCGCCGAAGCAUGGCCGCAGGCUAUCAAGGAGGCGGGCGUCGAACCGUUCGACGAACUAGGUUGCCUUCGAGGGACGAUUUGGAUGGAUAUUAUGAAAAUCAAUUUCAUGUAUCGACCCCUAGUCCUGGUCGCCCAGCGUCCCUUUCUUCCAUUGGCAAGCGUCCUAUCGCCGCACUGGCUUGGGAUUAGUUUAAUGGCUACGCUGCGACUAUCUGAUUGUCUCCUGCACGCCAUGCAAAAUCUAUUCUAACCAUAUAUCUCUUCCUCCUCCCAUUCCACCCUACUAUUUAUUUUCUGCUGCUACUUGUUCCAGAUAUGUUCAGAUACCAGAGCCCUGGGGCUCGUUGUACAUACGAUGACUGAAUUUGAGGAUAUCCCACUUCGAAUCCUCUUUUUUUUUUUUUUUUCUUUCCGUUGCCUUGCUUUUACCCCCCAAUUACCGCCUAAAAGCUCCACUCGGUCGUUUCCUUUUACUUGGAUUCCCAACCCCACCCCCUUAUAUAAUUAUCUAAACCAACGUACGCGAGUUUAAAAAUUCAAAAUGGUUCUCGCAAUCUCUUAUACUCCAUUUUUAAUUGUUUUAAAGAAAAAAAGAGAGAAAAAUUACAGCCAAUAAAUACACCUCUGGGCACCCCAUUUCGAUCGUUUGCCCUGGGACUGCUAAUCAC